UGCUCCAUGCCCCUACAGUGUAAGCCUAGCUAGGCUCUGACACUGACUCUGGCUACAACAGCUUAAUUCUCCCGCCGACUGGUAGUUGCCAGAAUCAUGGUCUUGCGAAAGUGUACCAUCUGUGAUCGGCGUUUCAAGAAGACGGAGCAUUUCAAGCGCCACGAACGCUCCCAUACCAAAGAAAAGCCGUAUGAAUGUAGCAUUUGUCAUAAAAGGUUUUCACGGAGUGAUGUUCUGAGCCGUCAUGCCAAAGGACACAAUCAACUAGCUACCAAUGCAGUCAGUGGACCAGUUGCAUAUCUUCCCAAGCCGGCCAACGGGGCUCCUGCUCAUCAGCCGUCGGUGAUCUCGAACGAUAACCAAGACCGUAUUCCUGUCAUGGAGGCGGAGAAUGCUCGCUCAUUCCAGCACAGCUCCUCCACAGCUCGCGAUAUGCCAUUGUCCGCAGCUGCAAACCUGCCAUCCUCGUCCUUGGACUUUCUUGCCAACCUUUCUGCUCAUCAACCUCGCUCCGAACCCGCAGUUAAUCCAAUAAUAGCGAAUGAGCAGGCAGGCUACCUUGAUUGGAAUGACGUACCUGUUGCAGACCAGCAAUACUACAGAGAAACUGUGCUCGAACCAAUUCACAAUGAUAUACUGCAAUUCUGGCUGGAACCGCAGGCAGAUUCCGUCUCGGGACAUAGGUCAAUAGAUGUGAGAGGGGAUUCCAAUUUCGGCCUUUCGGGAGAGAGAGCCAUCUCCUCUUCAGAGCAAUCGAGGCUAUCCGUUGAUAGUGCUGGCUUGAGAUCAGGAGGCAACAUACCAAAUGAGCGGUUUGCGCGUGUUCAACGCUAUUGGCUUGCUCCGUCCAACAACACCGGGCGACUGAUGAACAGCGUAUGGCAUGAUGUAGCCUUUAGCGGUCUGGACAGUGUCUUUGCGGUUAGAUCAGUCCAUCCAUACAGUGGUCUGGCCAGCUAUUCGAGAGGGUCAAGGUACGGCAUCGACGAAGAAUGCAGACAGCGUCUGUAUACCAUAUUCGGUCAGGGCCGCCAGGGCCAUUCUUCCAUGGGUUCGUCUGAGAACACUGCAGUCUCACCAUUUACCCUCUACCCCCGCAACAAUCCCAACUUUCCUCCGGCUGAAGUUCUAGAUAUGGCACUUGAUCUGUUUCUCCGCGACUUUCAUUCCCUAGUCCCUUUCGUACACCUCCCUACAUUUUCCGCAAAGAACACCCGUCCGUCCCUGCUCUACGCUAUGUGUCUGAUUGGGAUGAUUCUUCUGGGAACAAAAGGCACAAGAAACUUUGUCCUGCAGAAUUUCUCGUUCAUGCUCGAAAAUGUCACAGCAGAUUUAGCCAAAUGCUCUGUGGGAGUUGAAGGAACCUUGUCCACCAUAUCGACAUUUGCAACUGCCCUUUUGGUCCUCAACCUAGCUGCCCUGACUGGGGAAAAGGAACACUUGGAAAAGUGCCAAAUGAUCUAUGUCAACCUCAUAUCGGUCGCACAACGACAUGGCCUGUUCGCAGCUAGGGAAGGACAAGUGCUUGACAGAAACUUGUUCGAUGCAAUUCCCGAUAUUGAGGCACGGUGGAAAGCAUGGAGCAAGGUCGAGACGGUGAAACGACUCAUUACUGGGCUAUUGCUGUUGGACUCUUGGUACUCUUCAUUCAUGUCCACUAGCCCGAUUAUUGCGCCUGAUUCUACGCAGCUGAUCUUACCAUGCAACGAAGCACUUUUUCGAGCCACGACCUCUGCACGUUGGAUGCAGCUCAGUAACAGCGGCAACCCCCUACUGAUGCCCACUAUAACGAUACCGUCGGAGAACGUUGGUGUCCCCAACCUCGACAGCCCUGUGGAUGAUUUCUGUCUAUAUGGGCUGUUGGCAAUGGUUCAGCUGAGACUCUCAGAAGCCUAUUAUCGUCUCCUUUCCAAUCGUGCCAGCUACCCCUUUGCGCCGUGCAAUACAUAUGCCAUGGACGGUCGUGCAAGAUGUCUGCCGUCUCUUCAGCUUCAGUUGUCGAACAAAUACGGCGAUGUGUUAGACAGACUGAACCCCAACGCGGCUGUCAUGUGGCAUAAUAUGUGCAUGAUGCUGACUGCAGACAUCCAAAUCUUCGACAUGGCAGCGGGACGUUCGGGCCCGGUCCCUGCCCGGAAAGCGUUGGAUGACAUUGCGGCAUGGUCGCAGACCCCGGCUGCCAGAAGGGCGUGUCUACAUGCGGCCCAAAUCUACCGGGCCAUGACGAACCGCAAGGCAUCGGAUCAUACGAUGUUUCAUUCUGUGUUUUCCCUCUUCUCUGCAGCACUUGUCUUGGGUCUUUACGUUUUCAUGGUUCCCACUUCCGCCGAGUCGCAGGGAGGGACCUCGAUCGAGCUCCUCGAUGACAUCCAUUGGCAGAAAGUGGGCACGGAAGGUUUCACCAGCUUCAUGGAGGCACGAGAGAGCCAACCGUUGCCGCCGUCGGAGGAGCCCGCGUUGGAAUUUAUUCGGCAUGGUGGCACGAUGUACCUGCGCGGAGUUCCUAUCCAGGGUGGAUACCAGCCCGCAAAGCGCAUCUUACUGGACUAUGCAGGGCUGCUGAAAGAUGCGGGGAAAUGGAGCGUGCAGAAGUUUUCGUAUGUGCUACACAUCAUGAGUGAUGUACUGAUGGAGGUGGAAUGAGCUGCCAGUCACAGUAUGGCAUUGCAUCAGGUGAAUAUGCUAUACUCCCGGCACCAUCAGCAGGACUGAGGGCCAGUCAUG